CUUAAACUUUGCACUGAGGUUUACAGUUUGGAAUCACUGACUCCUCUACAUCUGUAUGCCUGGGGAAAGGCAUCUCCUUUCCAGCCUGGGGCAAGGGGUCAAGAGAACCCAGCCAGAAUCAAGGGGUUUCCUUUGAUACAAAUGGCAGCUACAUUGGACAGACAUGGGAGAGGGUUCUAUUUGGUUACUCCUGUGCUGGAAAGUAUGGCCCUGUCGAAGGCUGCAGGCACCAGGGUCUACAUGAAACUGGAGAAUGUCCAACCUACAGGCUCCUUCAAGAUUAGGGGCAUUGGCUACUUCUGUCAGGAGGCUGCCAAGAACGGCUGCAAACAUUUUGUUUGUUCCACCGGGGGGAAUGCUGGGCUUGCCGCGGCGUACGCUGCCAAGAAGCUGGGGAUCCCUGCCACCAUCAUAGUGCCAACAAACACCUCUCAAGAUACAGUGCAGAAGCUGGAGGAGCAGGGGGCGGAGGUGGAGGUCUUUGGGAAGGUCUGGGAUGAUGCCUACGUAAAAGCGCUGGCGUUAGCGGAGACCGAAGGCUGGAACAGUGUCCACCCCCUCCACCAUCCUCUCAUCUGGUGAGAAGUUGGGGCUUUGGUCCUUACAUUGGAGCUGAAGGAUGCGUUAAGCAACAAGCCGGGAGCCAUCGUCCUGGCGGUGGGAGGUGGAGGGCUGCUGGCUGGAGUGGUGGCUGGCCUGCAGCACGUGGGCUGGCAGGAUGUACCCAUCAUUGCAGUGGAAACCAAAGGAGCUGAUAGCUUCAAUGCAGCGCUCAGUGCGGGGAGAUUGGUCACCCUGCCAGAUAUCACCAGUGUGGCCAAAUGCUUAGGAGCCAAGACGGUGUGUGUCCGGGCACUGGAAUGUGCCCGUGAAUGCCAAGUCAUCUCCCAGCUGGUGGAGGAUGUGGAAGCAGUCCAAGCCAUGGAACAGUUCCUGGAUGACGAGCGGAUGCUGGUUCAGCCUGCCUGUGGAGCCCCUCUGGCUUUACUCUACACAGGUCGUGUUCAACAGCUGCAACGGGAAGGGCAUUUGAACCCAGACCUGGACUCCAUUGUCAUCAUUGUGUGCGGAGGAAGCAACAUCCAAAUGUCUGAGCUGCAGGCCCUGAAAACCCAGCUGGGCAUGAAAUGACUGUAGAGCAGCUCAUGGAGCAGGGGACUCAUGGAAUCCAAUGUAGCCACUAAUAAAUUGUAUUAUUGAGUUUUUGUAAGUGGAAUCUAAUGAAAUUCUAACCAGUUUAUAGACAAAGAUACAAGGCUUCUCUUGAGUCUUCGAUUCUCAGUGACUGCUUUAAUGUUCCUGAAUGAGGCUGCAUGCCCUGACGGUACCAGCUCUUGGGUAAGAAUGAAGGAGUGAGUCAGCUGAGCAAUGCUGGUUCUCUGUGAGCUGUGUCAUUUGGAAAGGUACUUUAGCCUACUCACUAGAGCUAGACAAUUUAUAGAUUUUGGUGAUCCAUCACUGUAGUUUUAACCCAUCUUUUUCAGCGUGAAUCAUUCAUGACUGACCCUGAUUUCUGAUAUUCUCAGAAGUUUAUUUGCUGAAUAAUUCUCACCCAGUGGAGCAAAAAGUUCAUUUGUGGUUGAUUAUCAGUCAUAAUAGAGUUGUUUCUGAUUCUUGACUGGAUGACAGAAACAUGUCUAGCUGCCAAAUAAAGCGAAGGAUGGAUUCUGCA